AUGAACCUAACCCUCAUCCUCGCCCUCCUGGCUACCCUAGCAGCCUCCAUCCCAGCCGACAGCCCAAGCUUCACAGACAUCUACAACCCCCAGUGCUACAAGGACACCGACUGCGGAACCGGAUGCUGCUACAACGGUCUCUGUCUCGCCUACUGUCUUCACAACGAGGAUGACGUUCACACGGAACUAGUCCGCAGUUUCAUCGAUGAAUCCAACCUCCACACAGAAGAAGACAUGGACAUCACCGCCCCGAAUCUCCUGGCAAACCGCCCAGGUGCAAUCGCAGGACUUGUAAGGGUGGAUGUUGCCGGAAGGGGCUUUUAUGGGUACGAUUUGGAUGGUGAUGUCGAUUUUGACGUUGGAUUCGAUGUCUAUGACGAUGACAGUCUCGAAGUCUAUGAUGAUAGCGAUGAUGUUGCACCAGCACCGGAGAUGCAUAAGAGAUACUCCAUGCCUGAUAUCGACCUCCUCCCCACCUCAACAGACAUUAUCCACACCGACGGCAUGUGCAGCAAGAGAACAUGCAAGGGAUGCUGCUGGCAGAAUGUCUGCAUGGCUAAGUGUCCUCGGGGUGAGCAGGAUGAGGUUGUCAACGAUGGUGAUGAAGAAUCCGAAGAAACUUCUCUUGACCUUGUGGACUGGAAUCUCCCGCAGGUUGUCUGCAGCCGUACAGCCCCGUGCAAGAUUGGAUGCUGCUGGCAUGGGCUGUGUUGGGGGUUGUGUCGAUGGAAAGGUAAUUAG